CCUGGGAGCUGGGUCGACAACCGAGCAGUCCGGCUCAGCCCGGCGCCGGGAUGGCGUCCCCACGGGAGCUGACCCAGAACCCCUUGAAGAAGAUCUGGAUGCCGUACAGCAAUGGGCGGCCAGUCCUGCACGCCUGCCAGCGCGGUGUUUGCAUGACCAACUGCCCCACGCUCAUUGUCAUGGUGGGCCUGCCUGCACGGGGCAAGACCUACAUCUCCAAGAAGCUGACUCGCUACCUGAACUGGAUUGGUGUGCCCACACGGGAAUUCAACGUUGGCCAGUAUCGUCGAGAUAUGGUCAAGACAUACAAAUCUUUUGAGUUUUUCCUCCCAGACAAUGAAGAAGGCCUGAAAAUCAGGAAGUUUUUGAUGCAACAAAUACCACCCGAGAACGGAGAGAGACCAUCUUUAAUUUUGGGGAACAGAAUGGCUACAAGGGUUGGAGGGAGUCUUGAGGGGAGAGUCCUGGAUGAGUGGCACCUGCUUUUUAGCUCCAUGCUCCUCAACCUGGUGCCCCCAGAAGAAGGGCCUCCAGGGGCCUGGGCUGCUGGUCAGUAUGGCCCUCAGUGGGGUGGGGAGCUCUGUGGAGCCAGGUCCAGAGCCCUAAAUAUAUCUGUGAUUCCUUCCCUCCUGCCCAUCUCGCUGCCUCUGGGUGGACAGACCUUUUUUGUCGAGUCCAUCUGUGUGGAUCCUGAGGUCAUAGCUGCCAACAUCGUGCAGGUGAAACUGGGAAGCCCUGACUAUGUCAACCGUGAUAGCGACGAGGCCACGGAGGAUUUUUUGCGGCGCAUCGAGUGCUAUGAGAACUCAUAUGAGUCGCUGGAUGAGGAGCUGGACAGGGAUCUGUCCUACAUCAAGAUCAUGGACGUGGGGCUGAGCUAUGUGGUGAACCGUGUGGCUGACCACAUCCAGAGCCGCAUUGUAUAUUACCUCAUGAACAUCCAUGUGACACCCCGCUCCAUCUAUCUCUGCCGGCAUGGGGAGAGUGAGCUCAACCUCAAGGGCAGGAUUGGUGGGGACACGGGACUAUCGCCCCGGGGCAGAGAGUUUGCCAAGAGUCUGGCCAAGUUCAUCAGUGACCAGAACAUCAAGGACCUGAAGGUCUGGACAAGCCAGAUGAAAAGGACAAUCCAGACAGCUGAGGCGCUGGGUGUGCCCUAUGAGCAGUGGAAGGUCCUCAACGAGAUAGAUGCGGGCGUCUGUGAGGAAAUGACCUAUGAGGAGAUUCAGGAUCAUUAUCCACUGGAGUUUGCCCUGCGGGACCAGGACAAGUACCGGUACCGGUACCCCAAGGGGGAGUCCUACGAGGAUCUGGUCCAACGACUGGAGCCUGUCAUCAUGGAGCUGGAGAGGCAGGAGAACGUGCUGGUCAUCUGCCACCAGGCUGUGAUGCGCUGCCUCCUGGCCUACUUCCUCGAUAAGAUGGCAGAACAGCUGCCCUACCUCAAGUGUCCACUGCACACGGUCCUGAAGCUGACCCCCAUGGCUUAUGGUUGUAAAGUGGAGUCCAUAUUCCUGAAUGUGGAGGCUGUGAACACACACCGGGAUAGGCCUCAGAAUGUAGACAUCUCAAGGCCACCAGAGGAAGCCCUUGUCACAGUCCCUGCUCACCAGUGAUCGUGUCUCAUCCACUGCAACCGUGGGCAGGCGUUGCUCUCUGCAGACGAGUCAUUCCAGGCCCCCUGGUCCAUGUGACAGUCAUCAUGCAGGAGCGCCCUUGAAGCUAUGUGUGCUGGCGGUGCCCAGAGCCCCCGCCCCAGCCCACCCGCCUCCUUGGUGACAGUCAGUGACCGGGCUGUACGUGGUUCCCGACCUGCUGCUAAGAAUCCCUCAGCCAGACUGCGUCUGCGCGGCCUAGCGAGAGACUUCUGUUGCGGCUUUUAGGUGUUCUCUCUCACCAGGUCGGGCUGGCUUUGCCAAGUGUGAACCCCUGAAAUGUGAAAUGGAAAGUGCUUUACUGUCGUGCUGUUCCCACUGUGGCCGACCUGCCGGGGUGGCCCUGGCAACCCCUUACAGGGGCCUUGCUGUCCUCCCUGUGGCCGCUUCCUGAGCCAGAGGCAAGGGCUUCACAGGAUUCUGAGCUUCUGCCACCUCAUCCUUCCCCAGCGGGAACUGAAGAGUUUCAGCCCGGGCAGCUGCCUCCUAGGGCAGCCGCGGCCGGGCCUCAUGUCUGCAUCACUGGCAUUUGUGGGCCUUCAUGAAAGCAACGUGCUUUCAGUACUUGAGAUGCACAGAAACACUGCGGGAGGGGCGCGCUGUGGUCACCCCUUCCCAGUUGGGCUUACGCUGAAGUACUGUGGGCACUGGCGGCCAAGGCCGCCCUUCCUAACUGCUGUCGUGGUGAAGCCACUUCAAGACGGGCAGUUGUCCGAGUUCCCUUCCCUGUGCUCACACUGAAGUGCUCAGGAAGAGAACGCCAUCCCCUGUCCCUUCCCCGCUGUUCGUGCUGAGAGCUGGGAGGAGGUGGCCCUCGCCUGCAGCUGUGUCCACACUGGAGCAUACACUGGGGGCAGACACAGGUGUUUGCCCUGCAUUCUUCAGAAAAGCUAGUCCUGGGCCUGUCCAGCCUGUCCUGGUAUUUGCUGACCUCUACCUCUGAGACUGGGGAGGGGAAGGGACAGAGCCUGGAGGUAGUCCCAAGCACGCUGCAGCUUUUGUUUCCUAUGCCUCUGAGCCCAUGAGGCCCUGUGUCUGUCGUGCCCCUGUGUUCUUUUGGGCACAGAGAGGCAGGCUGGGCAGCGGGGUCCAGCUCCGUUAUACAGCUGGGCAAACAGAUCCAGCGACUUGCCGGCCAGCAGGGUAUGGGGCUGGGUCAGAAGGUGGCUGGACUUGUAGUCGGGUGCCUGGCUGUCUGCAGGUAGACCUUGGUGAAGCCAGGCCCCAGGAUCUUGAAGCCUACUUUGUCCCUGGAACCUUUCCCGGGCUAUUUCUGACAGUGCAGCCCACCCUUCCCAGCCCCCCAGGGCUCUGCAGCCUGCAGGUGCCAGCGCUCCUGAGAGGAGUCAGGGUCCCCGGCCCAGGCUGGUGGUCUCUCUGCCUCGUGUGCAGCAGCAGCUGUGGACAAACACGGGUGGAGAGAUGCCCGGGGCCAGGGCAAGGCCGUCCUUUAGGCCUCCUCUUAGAGCCCCAAGCCCCUCUCAGCAUGGAGGGGGCAGCACUCCGUGUCUCUGAGGGUCCCUUGCUUACACCUGGGCCAGAGAACCAUGCCCCUGCCUUUGGGACGUGGGAACUGUGGCCUCUGCUUCUGUGCCCCCUGGAUUUUGGUGACUUUUGGUCAGCUGGACAUGCUCACUUGUGAGCCACAGCCUGUCCCUUCAGUCAGUGGCAGGGCGUAUGCAUCUGCAUGUCACCACCUCUCACAGGACCUCCAGCUGGCUGAGGCGAGACCACCAAGGCCUUCCCUCUGUGCACACAGAUGGUAUCUGGGGGGUCAGGGGUCACAGCAUGGACGGGGCAGCCCCUCUCCCUGGCCUUUGCCCUGGAGUGGGCUCUGCAUGGGCCGCACCAUGCUGGCUCAGCGGGUGCCAUGUUGUGGCCGUGACGGUUGAGGUGUUCAUGUUGCAGAUGUUUUCCUACGUUCCCUGGAAUGGAUGGCAUCGAACCUCAGCCCACAUCACACUGUGUCCAGCAUUCCUUGCAAUAAAUACUUUUUAAAAACACACAAGAGUUUAAGGUUGUAUCCUGUAACCAGCUCUCCAUUUGUGAAGUGUUCUUUCUGGCCAGCUCUGUAGACUCACCAGGUUGUGAUCUUUCUCCUAGGUGUGUCGGGGGUCCUUGGUUUAGCUCCCACCCCUGUGCUUAUCCCUUUCUGGCAAGGAUAUUGUCUUGCCCUGAAAUAAGCCCUGGGCCUGGCACAUAUGGGCAGGUCUCAAGUGUUUUCUGGGCUGUCUAGGGUGCUGGGCCCUCACCCCUGAGCAAGAGGCAUAUUUGUGGGGGGAUCCACUACCAGAAUUUUUCUUCAGGUCCAAUGUCGUAACACAACCUAGAAAGGGCAUUAUAUUAUUGUCAUGUUGAGAAAUUCUGUGGUAUUGUGGGUUGCAAGGAAACAAUAGCCAUCAGAUAGGAUUGGGGAUAUUUGGAUAGACUGGAAUAUGUUGCAAAGACAUAGGUUUCAACAACACUUGACUUGCAUUGUAAUGGAUUUGGAUACCACCCUUAAACCACUCACUAGCACAGGGAGUGUUGUCACGUUUGGUUUAGACCAAUCAUUAGUUAUCUCCUGGGGGUGGGCACAUUAUUGUUUGAGCAAAAUUAUUAAAAGGGAAAAAUGGCUUUGUGGUAGACCAGAAAUAGUGUCUGGCACACCGUGGUGAAUGGCUGCAGGUCUCAGGAGCGUCAUAAGGAAAGUACCAGCAUGAACCUGUGCCAUUUUCACAGGGCCCUUCUUGAAGGGGAAACCCUGGUGGCGUAAUGGUUAAGAGCUACAGCUAUUAACCAAAAG